AAAGGGUCACUUGUGAGCCGCUGGAUGGGAUUUUUUUUAUUCUGUGGGCGUUCAACUCCAUCUCCGACAUUGGACUGGUUUCUUUUUGUGCCUUUUGCUGCCACUUAUUGCAAUAAAAGAAUAUUAAUAAACAAAAACAUAGAAAUUAUUUGGAUUGGACAGCCUGAGCCGGUGAAUUGCUACCCCCCACCCCAGCUGGACAUCAGAUAACAUGGCCACGUCUGAACACAGAGCCAACGGAGAGGACCAGGACCCCAACUCAGCCAAUUUAAGACCCACACCUUCAACUUACGAAUAUGCGUGGAUGCACGGCUGCACGCGGAAACUGGGGAUGAAGAUCUGCGGGUUCCUGCAGAAGAACAACAGCAUGGAGGAGAGGAGGCUCGCGGGCCAGAAAAACCUGCUCGCGUGCGACAACAGCGACGGCAUAUUCCGCCGCACGGAGACCGACUUCUCCAACCUAUUUGCCAGAGACCUUCUGCCAGCUAAAAAUGGAGAGGAGCCCACCCUCCAGUUUCUGUUGGAGGUGGUGGAGAUUCUCACAAACUACAUCAAGAAGACUUUUGACCGCUCCACCAAGGUACUGGACUUCCACCACCCCCACCAGCUGCUUGAGGGGAUGGAGGGCUUCAACCUGGAUCUGUCGGACCAGCCCGAGUCCCUGGAGCAGAUCCUGGUGGACUGUAGGGACACCCUCAAAUACGGAGUCCGGACAGGUCACCCACGGUUCUUCAACCAGUUAUCUUCAGGUUUGGACAUCAUCGGUCUGGCCGGGGAGUGGCUGACUUCCGCAGCCAACACCAACAUGUUCACCUAUGAGAUCGCUCCAGUGUUCGUACUGAUGGAGCAGCUGACCCUAAAGAAGAUGAGGGAGAUGGUCGGCUGGCCAGGCGGGGAAGGAGAUGGGCUCUUCUCUCCAGGGGGCGCCAUCUCCAACAUGUACAGCGUGAUGAUCGCUCGCUACAAGUACUUCCCCGAGGUCAAGACCAAGGGCAUGUCUGCUGCUCCCCGCCUCAUCCUUUUCACAUCCGAAUAUAGUCACUAUUCUAUCAAAAAGGCUGGAGCUGCUCUCGGCUUUGGGACAGAAAACGUGAUCCUGCUGAAUACAGAUGAAAGAGGAAGAGUCAUCCCUGCAGAUCUAGAGGCCAAGAUCCUCGACAUAAAACAGAAGGGUUGUGUGCCGUUGUUUGUGAAUGCCACCGCUGGUUCGACGGUGUACGGCGCUUUUGAUCCCAUCAACGAGAUUGCAGACAUCUGCGAGAAGUACAAAUUGUGGCUCCAUGUGGAUGGUGCCUGGGGGGGAGGACUGCUGAUGUCUAAGAAGCACCGCCACAAGCUCAGUGGAGUCGAGCGCAAUAACAGCAUUAUCUGGCCUCCAUUCAAGGUGAUAGGGCUACAGCUAUGUGCUUCUGCCAUCUGUGUAAAGAAGCAUGGAAUCCUAGCGGGCUGCAACUCCAUGUGCGCCGGCUACCUGUUUCAACCGGAUAAGCAGUACGACAUCACGUACGACACCGGCGACAAGGCCAUCCAGUGCGGCCGGCACGUCGACAUCUUCAAGUUCUGGCUCAUGUGGAAGGCCAAGGGCACCGUGGGCUUUGAGCAGCACAUCAACAAGUGUUUGGACCUGUCCCAGUACCUCUAUAACAAGAUCAGGAACAGGGAGGGGUACCAGAUGGUGUUUGAUGGUGUGCCCCAGCACACCAACGUUUGCUUCUGGUACAUCCCCCCCAGCCUGAGAGGGAUGCCCGAGGGCCCCGAGAGGCAAGAACGGCUCCACAUGGUGGCUCCAAAGAUCAAGGCCAUGAUGAUGGAGUCAGGGACCACCAUGGUGGGCUACCAGCCUCAGGGCAACAAGGUCAACUUCUUCCGGAUGGUCAUCUCCAAUCCUGCGGCCACCCAGUCCGACAUCGACUUCCUCGUGGACGAGAUUGAGCGGUUGGGUCAUGACCUGUAGUCAUUGCGUUGUGACCAGAUGUCUGUUAACUCCGAUUUGUCAAAGUUAGACGAAACAUUCACACUGCUGCAGGGGGGCGGGGGGGGGGGGGGUCUCUCCAUCCAGCAGGUCUUUGCCUGAAGCACCAUCAUUGUUUCUUCUACUCAAUAAGCCACAAAGUUCUGUGUUGUUUUAACUGCACCUGAAUCCUCCAGGUACGAGGUGUGUGCGUUUUAAUACGUGUGUGUACAUGUUUGUUCUUGAGUGUGUGGUAAAGAACUGGGGGGGAGCACAGCUCAGGACACAAAAAGUAUCAAAGUAAAUUUUUUGCUGGACUCACUGGUGCUUCCAGGUGGAUGUGUACAGGUUAAAUACUGACCUGUUCCCCCUGAAAGUAACCCCUGAAGCAGGUGUGUAUGAGUCUUGUCAUGUUUCCAGAGGUACAGUCUGCAAUACCCCCACACCCCCAUAGAAGAUUAGUCUUAUCAGUUCUCCCAGCUCUGGCGUGAGAAACGACCGGCUUGAUGUCUGUUCCACGCCGUCAUGCAAACCCCUGUAUGUGAUAGUAUAUUAAUAUUUGAUAUAAGUACAGACGUUUGUUUGCAGAUUCAGGCAUUUUCCUGUAAAUGUGUCUUUAUGCGAACUACAUGGUAAUACCUCUGUGACAGUGAUCAGAUUUGAGUAACGUUCAUUUAUUGUGACAAUGUCUGCCAAAGAAGAAUCGGGGUCAGAAUGAUCCACUGUGUUUUCUUGUCGACCCUCUCGUAGAUUCUGGAUGUUUGUAAAAACUGACCCAGAUACAUGAUGCAAUUUCUAGAGUUUCUGAGUCUGACUGAAUGUUUGCAGCCCAGUCAUGAGAUUACCCAGGAAUCCUAGCAGAACAAGGAUGUGAGAAUGUACUCUCCUCUGGAGACGUGCAAAAAAGUACCUGUCUGAAUCAUUGCUGGACUGCAGUACAUUUACCUGUAGUACAUAUCUGUUCUCGUGUCACUGGAACCCCGUGGAGUGUUUUCUGUAAAGGUUCCCGUUUGUGUUUGCACAGCGUUCACCUUUGAUUCCUGCAUUGUAAAUGGAUUCUAUAAGAACUAUUUUAACAAAUCUUUAUGAGAAAUGGGGACCAUGGCAUGCUAAUGGCACAAUCAUAGUGAGGUCAUGUGUGUACUGUAUGACUCUUGUACGUGACCCAUUUGAGUUUUAACGAAGGCGACAGGCAGGAAAAUGUUUCCUGAGUUGUCAUUUUAACAUAUUAGAUCAUCAUGAAAGAACGUUUAAAUAAAGUCUAUUAAA